CAAUUAUUAAACACAUAAUCAGAAAACAAGUGAUUCACACGAUUGAUUGUAUAAUAAAAUCACUCUGCUGUGAACUUGCUCAGCACAUCGCUACAGUUGUGUACUUAUAAGCAAUGUGAGUACAAAAUAACAAAACCGGGAAGAUAAUGUUACUGUUUCUGACCGGGACAAAAACAUGAAGUCUGAAAACUGCCAAGCCCGGCUUUACCGGGGCGUCUGGUCACCCUGGUCAAGGAAUCCAUUGCCGUCAGCUUCCAUCCGGGUGCUUCCAGCAGGAGGCGCCAAUCCGCUAACGUGACGUCACGACGCGCUCGUCUCCAUGGGAGCAGGGAGGAAGCGGAAGUGUGUGCGGGUUUGUUUACAUUGUGUGUGUGGGACUGCGUGGGGUUGUUGAGCUGCAGCAGCAGAGAAACUUGCUAAAUAAGUCAAGUGCUGACUGAAUAACAAAGAGAGGCUCCCAAUAUUAUUCAUAAUAAAAGCGUGAAUACAGAAAGGAUAUCAGUCUCAAGCUAACAGUCAGUGAAGAUGGACGUCAGUGUCUCCGUGUCGUUCUUUCAAGACGAGCUCGCCUCUACCAUCGAGCACGCAGUGAAAGCGGCUGUAGACACCGUCUUGUGCCAAAUCACAAAAGUUGUCGGCGGCAAAUUCACUGAAUUCCGAAUGGAAAUGGCUGGAAAGGAGAAAGAGAAUGAAAGUCUGAAGCUGAGAUUGGAAAUAUCAGAGAGCGAGUUGAAAGCAGUGCGGGAAUGCAUGAACGCUGCAGAUGCAGACAUUAAACAACCUCUCAGAAACAUGAACCCCGACUGCAAUGAACAAGACUUUCAGAGGAACGAGAACCAGGGAUUAUUCAUCAGAGUUCAAGAUUCUGGAGAGAGACGUGCUUUCAGUGAAGCAGAGGAGCAGCCAGUGAUAGAAGCUGUUUACACACAAGAGGAAAUCUGUGAUCAGGAGUGGUGUGGAAGAAUAAUGGAGAUUACAGAGCUGACAAGUGCUGAAGGUAAAGAGAUCCCUGAACUUGAACCUGUCCACAUUAAAGAGGAGGCCAUAGAGCUGGAGUGUGAUCACAUCACAGAGGAUAUUAGUAGAGAAAAUAAAGUCAAUAAUCCUGUGAAUAUAGUUAAGAUGGAAUCUAGCCAUUGUGAUUAUUGUCCACCUGAAUUGGUCUGCAUGAAACCCAAUCAGCCUUUCUCUGAAGACACUUGUUCUAGUGAUGGAGAAGAGGACAGUGUGCUGGGGUCCAUUCAGAGGAAACAUCACCCCCCUCAGGAAAGAGCUGCAGAUGGAAAGGAGGAAGGAGCGAUGCCGUCCACGAGCUGCACAGCAUCAGAUCUAGGAAGACGCACUUCCACUUCAUCACCCCAGAGCAAAAUCUCUACUGAUGGGAAACUGCAGCGUAAGCAGAAACACAGAGAGUCGACACCCCAAGAUGAAUGGGCUCCACUGCAAUUGAAACUGAGAAUUCAAGAAUGCACGAUUGCUAAGAAGAGGAGGAGCAACACAACCAGGCAGUGGAGACACAAAAUAAAGCAGAACCCAGAACUGUAUGAAGAGCACAAGAGGAAGGAGGCGGCCCGGGCGCGUUUGUACCGCUUAAACCAAAGCCCAGGAAAAAAAGAGCUAGAAAAGGAGAAAGCCAAAGAGAGAGCGAGAAAAUGUAGAGAACGACAGAAGAAAAUAAAGACGUUAUCUUUCCCAGAAGUCAGCAGUGCGUAGCGUUUGCAUUCCCGUAUGCUAAUUCCCCAUCCCGGGUUUUAUAGAGAAGAGAAUCUCGGGAUUUGGGAAAUGCUUUUGUUUUUUAUUCAUUAUUUCCCUGGUUUCGUUAUGUGUGCCACUCUGUUCCAUUUAGUAUCCAGGCAACCAAACCCUGCUGCUGAAAUUAAAACAAAAAAAAUAAUAAUCAAUUUGGAAACUUUUUAAAAGAUAAAUUUAUGUACCGACAAAGGAGACCAGGCAGGUGAAAAGCGAUCUGUCCGACGCCUUUAGCGUCUGAGCGAUUUCCGCUUCAUGAGAACGACUAGCCCAAACUUGGGUGCGAGUCGCUGUGCUUCUGAACAGGUGAUCGAGGCAGGAAGACAACCCCGAACCACUACAGGUUAAUACAGAGCAUAUUAUAAGUUUUUGUUCGAACGGUGUGUUUUAACAAUGUGUUUAGUAUUUCUUCUGGCUUUACAUUCUUUAAAACACAGUACAGUUAUUACAACAUUUUAACACACAUGCAGUUUCACAAAUGUUCAAUUUGUAUCCCAAAGAUCAGCCUGCUUCCAGUAGCUGUCACAGACCUGGGUCAGUUUCUGCUCUCAGUGGGUCUGUCAAAACCACCACAGGUGUGUCUUUAAUAGCCUGAUACCUGCAAAAACCUAAAUCUUGUUAGCAGAGCUUCCAUCUCUGCAUUCCCAUUCCCAUCAUUAGUGGGAAGACUUCAAAUAAAACUGUUUCUAUCAAAGAGACAUCAAUCUCUGCCGCAUAAGCCUUUCACUCAAAAAAGGUGAUCGCACCUUGUGCAAGGGAAGACAGGUUUAAGAUUCAUUCAUUCCUGACAAUAUAUAUUAUAUAAUAUUGUAACCAGGCAGGGAGGGGGUUAAAAUCCCCCCCUGCCAAAAACAUGUGCGCAUGCAUGUUUGUUUAGUUUAAUUAUUGUUUUAUUAUUAAUUAUGGCAGCAGUGUGGAGUAGUGGUCAGGGCUCUGGACUUGACUGGAGGGUUGUGGGUUCAAUCCCAGGUGGGGGGACACUGCCGCUGUACCCUUGAGCAAGGUACUUUACCUAGAUUGCUCCAGUAAAAACCCAACUGUAUAAAUGGGUAAUUGUAUGUAAAAAUAAUGUGAUAUCUUGUAACAAUUGUAGUUCGCCCUGGCUAAGGGCGUCUGCUAAGAAAUAAAUAAUAAUAAUAAUAAUAAUAAUAAUUAUCCCCUGCACCUGGCUAUCAUUGUAAAUUGGAGCCAGGUGCAGGGUAUUUAAGGGAAGCAGCCAGUCUCUUCAGGGCUGCUGUGUGUGAAGAAGCCUGCCUGUACAGCCGUAAUUAAAAACAAAGGUGGUGUGUAAACCUUUUUGUUUCGUGAGUAAACUGUUUGUUUUGUUUGUGCCGGUAAACAGCUUAGCUGUCCUGCUUAUUACAGAAGGUUCCAGUUUGUGUUUUAGUUCGUGCUCAUAAGAGCUAGGGGGUUGUUUUCAGUUUUCAUGUUAUUUUUGUUAUUAAAAAUAGCGCAUCUGCGCUUUAAAACCUUCAA